CUGAGACUCGGUCGAGGUUCUAGUGCAGGUACUUUUGUUCUCUCUCUCCUCCAUGGUGACAGCAACUGCCACAUUCAAUUCCCUUCAGACAACGAGGCUCUCAAUACCAGCGCAUAAAAUACUGAAUUCUCAACUUUCCGCUGAUCUGCCAUCCAAACCCUUUGUUAACGCAACACCACCUAAUGAGGAACCGGUGAACGAUUUCCCAGACAAAUCAACUACCAUGAGCAUAGCUUCCGAUCCAAUACGAAGGACAGCAUCCAAUCCAGACUUCCUAGGGUCUCAUACUGGAGUCAAAAGUAUCCCUAGUCAAUUGCUUUCGGAGAGAUUAUCCAGCAGUACUAGUACAUUGGUUAAAGCAGGCAGAGAUCAGGCUAAUCAAACCCCCACUUCCAAACGAUUAUAUGCUUCAAAUAGCGUUAAAGUAAAGGAUAUUCAAGUAGGGUCCAGUUGCUUCGAAAAGAUCAGACUCCUUGGAAAGGGUGAUAUAGGUAGAGUUUUUCUUGUGCGACGCAAGGAUAAAGACAAACUUUAUGCAAUGAAAGUUCUUUCAAAGGCUGAAAUGAUUAAACGUAACAAAAUCAAGCGAGCUUUACGAGAGCAAGAAAUCCUAUCCUCGUGUCACCACCCCUUUAUAGUUCCGCUAUACCAUAGUUUCCAGAGUGACGAUCAUCUAUAUUUCUGUAUGGAAUAUUGCACAGGAGGAGAAUUCUUUCGAGCACUUCAAUUGCGUCCGGGUAAAUGCCUUAAAGAAGCAGAAGCCCGUUUUUAUGCGGCUGAGGUGACUGCCGCUCUGGAAUACUUGCAUUUAAUGGGUUUUGUCUAUCGAGAUUUAAAGCCAGAAAAUAUUCUACUGCAUGAAAGUGGUCAUAUUAUGUUGACUGAUUUCGAUCUGAGCUCGAAAGCUCCUACUUCAGAACCAGUAGUCAUCAAAUCGUCAUUUUUCUACUCAUCCCCCAGCCUGGAUACAAAGUCCUGUAUCUCAAAAUUAAAAGCCAACUCAUUUGUCGGUACUGAAGAGUAUCUCGCUCCUGAGAUCAUUCGCGGUAACCACCAUUGUAGUACGGUAGAUUGGUGGACGCUUGGAAUAUUGAUCUUCGAAAUGCUGUAUGCGACAACGCCGUUCAAAGGUGUCAACCGAAAUGCAACAUUUCGAAAUAUUUUACGCGAAGAGGUCCAUUUUCCCGACCCUCGAGAAUAUCAUCCAGUAUAUCCAGUGCAAAAUAUUUCCAAAACAUGCAAGAGUUUGAUCCAGCGGUUACUACACAAGGAUGAAUACCGUCGUUUAGGUUCACGCGCUGGCGCAUCUGAUAUCAAAUCGCAUGCAUUUUUCAAACCGAUCAACUUUGCUCUUUUACGACAUAUGACUCCACCCAUUAUACCAGAACCGUCAAAAGGUAUUGACGCCAUCAACUUUAGAAAUAUCAAGGAAAGCAAAAGCUUUGAUAUCUUUUCUACAUUCUCUGGAAAAGAAGAUGAUGAAGAUUCGACAAACACCGAUAAUACAAGCUUGGAUCCAUUUGCAAAUUUUUCAUCUGUAACAUUAUAUCACGAUGGAGACUCAGACGCAGAAUAAUGCUGGCAUCCUUCGUUUGAUAAACCUUCGCCAUUCUCAUUUGUUAUACUUUUUAUUUAUUGUAUAGUGUAUAUUUGGAUAUGUACAAUUGACAUUUAGUAUUACUACUUGAAUCCCAUUUCAUUGUUCAGAAAGCUAGCA